CCUAAAAGAAGAUAGUGGGGGCCACGUAGAAACAAUACGAGGGGUAAGCAUGUCAAGGGAUUUCUGCUCAACAAGACUUCAGCCCUCAAAUUCAUCCCCGGCUGCCUGAUUACAAGAGCAACUGCCUGCGGUAAACUUAUACGCUCGUGGUUUAUCUAGUCAUGGGCUUUCCGAUACAAUCAGAGGACAGUCUCUCCGCUCUCUGGGAAGCAGCCUGUAUUAGCUAUGGUGAAGAGACCGAAACUCGCCUGACAUCGCCGGACUUUCCCAAAAUUGGCACACCCUCGGAGCUUUCCAGGCAACUUGAUUCACAGAAGGAGCAUUUCAUGGAUUUCCGAUCGAAAAAACGCCCCCUAUUCCACGCCAUGCAAAUAGUUUUGUCUCCCUUUGAAAACUUUGGUGACAUCAUUUCUGGUGCCGUUUCAACAGCAUUCCCACCCGCUUCGACAAUCAUGGGGGCCAUGCUUCUUCUCGUUCGGUCCGCACGGAGAGUCAGCGAUGCCUUCGAUAGCGUCUAUGCGAUGGGAUGAAGAGUGUGAUCGUGAAGGUGCUUGUUACCUCUUUGCGUGUCUGUGCCGUAUCGCAAGCCCUGCUGAGCCGUGGCUCAUCCAAGGCACGGUUGUCGAAAUGGGCUAAGAACAUUCUCGUCGAAGAUACGUCAGUUCAAGCACUCCUGGCCGAGUUGGAGGAAUUGACCAGGCAAGAACAUAGGAUGGUUUCUGCCCAUACUCUGACCCUGACAAACCAGGCAGUAAGAAAUACAGCGGCUUUGCUUGAGAAAAGCGAGCUGGAAGAUGAGAAACAGAGAAUCAGCCGCUUGAAGGCCUUGCUGGAUCCGGUCUCUGCCUCGGGACAGGUGUACUCCGCCAUCAACGAGAGUCGAAUACCUGAUUCGGGUAAAUGGAUUGAGGGUAGGAUCAGGAAGUGGUGGAACGGUGACGAGCCUUUGCUUUGGAUCCAUGGCGGACCGGGCGUUGGAAAAUCAUAUCUGGCCUCGAAGAUUAUCGGUGAUCUUGCGCAAACUGGAACUGCCCUUGUGGCUUCUUUCUUCUGCAAGAACAACGACGUCGAUCUGCGCUCGUUUAACAAAGCUUUGCGAACCUUGGCCUGGCAGGUGGUUGUCCAGAGGCCAUCUUUUGCAGUUCAUGCGGAAGAGUUUUGCUUGAAGGGAGAUGCCGGCAAUACCCAUAUGGAGUUGUUUUUCAGUCUCCUCGAGAACACAUACACCAGGGCGACGGACAGGAAGUUUCGCGUUCGAGUCGUCCUUGUAGGCCGAGAUUCAAUUGGCGGCAUACUCGACGAACACUCACUUGGAUGGGUUCAUGGUAUUGAAAUCAACAAUCACCAGAACAAGGACGAUUUACACACAUUUGUCGUGGAUAGCCUUCAAAGGUCCAAGCUGUUCCGCAACGCUUCCGAGUUCCAAGAUGAAGUUGUCAAAGAAAUAUGCGCACAAGCGGAAGGUCUUUGGGAAUGGGCGAACCUCGUGAUCAAAAGUCUGUCGCGCUGCAGGACAAGAGAGCAAAUCCGCAAAGUGGUCAAGUCGAUGCCAAAGGGCAUUAGUGCGAUGCUGUCCAAGGAGAUUCAGCGGCUCACGAAAGAGCUAUCAGCAUCAGACACAAUGUCUGAUGAUGAAGCAGGAUCACAGGUCGAUCAACUCAAUAUUAUCCUCUCAUUCGUGACACUGGCCCAGAUACCUCUGACUGUGGAGAUUCUAAAUCUGGUUCUAGAGAUCCUUCUUGGGGAGGAAGUUUUAAAUCUUGAAGAUGAUCUUCACAAAGUCUACUCCUCACUAUUUUCACUUCGCGUCCGAGGCCCUAAGGAAGAUGAUGGCGAGUACCUCGGAACCGCCGUUGUCACUCUUCGGCAUAGCUCCUUCUACGAGUUCUUCAAUUCCUUGUCCACGUCUGAUAUUGGGCCGUUGCAUGUCAACCGUGAGCAGGCUGGUGCCGACUUCUUGUACGUUUUGCUUUAUGCCGUGGCGAAGAGCAAUGCACCAAGCUCCUAUAUGUCCCUAGGAAUGCUCCGAAACUACGCACAUAAUUACCUUCCAUGGCAUCUUGAGGCAACCGAUCCGGGACAAGUAGAAGCGAGUCGACGACGUGACAUCUCAUCUCUUCUUGCAAGUCUGAUAGGGAACGAAUUGUUACUCGAGAAGUGGAUUAUCGACCCUGUCUACACUCAAUCUUACUUUGAUCACAACUCCCACGCAUCCAGUCAAAUCUCGACUCUUGGGCAGUACUGGUGGGGUUGUAAUGAUAGAGAGACCGCAAACCACGCAGCGAAGAUAGUUCUUAAUUGGUUGGCCCCUGAUCAGCGAAGGCUACUGGAAGAGACAGCAGGCAAUCAAACAUUUCCCUUUGGUAUCCUGUUCUCGCCAAUGGCACGGUUUUCUGCAUAUGUUUGGCUGAGCCCCGAUGAAAUUUUGGAGGAAGACGGUCUUCCAGCGGCGCUGUCUAUUCUGCUACAUGCGUACAACGAGAUAACAACAAUUCCUACGACCAGUGGAGAAGCAAGCAAACUCACGGACACAAAACGCGACCUACAGGCAGAUCGCAUCAUACAGGUUGCCGAGUCGCAAGGCCUUCUGAAAACCGCCAUGUGGCAUGCCCGCGUCGCGCAGGCGCUGCUCCACCAUUGCUAUUUCGAAGAAGCCAUUGUGCAUUUCCAAAUUUCCCUGAAUGAAUGCGAUGAGUCAACCACUUUUAGCAAGCAAUCCCUCUCAGUCAUCCACAAAAAUAUGUCGCGCGCAUGUAAGGCGGCUGGCAGGCAUCAGAAAGCAUUGGAGCAUCUUGACCUCGCCAUCUCGAUGACAGACAAACCGGAUGAUUCCGCCCAUGGCAUUGAUGGUCAUAUAGCAGACUUGCUUGAUACCGCAUACAUAGAAUUCCGUGUCAAUAAAAUCGACAAAGCCAUCUCGACUGCGCAACGAGCAUGGGAAGAAUUUAGCAGGAUCGAGAAUCGGCACCGGCUCCGCUUUGGCGCCCUCUUGCAAUCGUUUCUUGCCACAUUCUCGGAACUGCGUCAGAUCCAUCGCCUUCGCUCCGUUUGGGAUUUUGCCCUUGAGCAUUCCGAGGAUAUAGUGCCAAUGCGUCUCAAAGGCAUUGAAGAAGAUAAUUUCGCUUCGUUUCUUGUUGAUGCAUUCGUCCACCAUCCUCGCGUCAUGCAUAGCGUUCUGCAUUACGUGCUCACACCAGAGGACACGGAGUAUCUCAAUCUCAUCGCCUCAAUCCCCGUUUUUGAUGAACACGAACUUGGGAACAUGGGAACAGAAAUGCAAUUCUAUCUCGCUUCGGUGUUGUUUGAGAAAGGUCGGUCCAAGGAUGCGGUUCAAAAGUGGUGUGAGAAUGUGACUAUAUCGAAAUUAGACAAUCGCUGGUGGAUGGUAUUGGUUCAGAAAUAUUCAUUAAGUCGCUUGGCGGCUGUGUGUCUUUACGUACCCGAGAUUCCCCUUCGCGGAGUCGAUUCUCUGGUGCUCACGGAAGAAAGUUUCUCUGAAGUUGCUUUGGUGGUUUCCAGCUGGCUGCAAUCCAAUGGUGAUAGUUCUGGUGCCCAGAACCUGCUAUGCGAGGUAGUUCAAAGAUGCAUCACCUUACUAUCAGAUGACGAUCCUCGGAAUGAUAUCGACGCCUUUGUGGCGCUUUUCAAGGCCCUUUUACUCACAACGGAUGAUGACGAAGAUCUCCGAGCAGUGUCAUACUUGAUCAAGACCUGGAAAUGGGAAUCCACUGAACCGGAAAAGAGCAAUGAUACAGAACGAGUAAUCCAUGACGCUCUACCGGAUUCAUUGGACAGAGUGCAUCUCGCCGAUGAUCAAAGCCCAGGGCAGAAUUCAGAGUUGGAGGACGGUCAGGCAGAGCCAGAUGAAACAUGGUCCAUAGUCGACAUAUUGUCAGAAUGUUUCAUCUGUAGGCAUGAGAUACGCUCACCCAGCCAAUGGUACUUUUGCCGUUCCUGCCCAUCCACUGCCCUUUGUCGGCCUUGCUACUGGGAUAUCCAGGAGAAGCGAGUUGUUUUACAGGAUCAUCCUCAUGGCUUCACGGGCAAAUGCAGUGGGGAACACAGUUUCUUCUAUACCGGGCAAGCCCUGCGAAAAAAUGAACUCGUUCCCCAAGGUAUGGUGCCUCUGAUUGAUGCCAAUGGUCAGAAGCGGGUGGUAUGGGUAGAUGAGUGGAAAGAAAGGCUCUCGAAAAAGUGGAAAUAUACUAAGACCGACAUGACCGAUUCCUUUGACGGCGGACUUUCCAAGUGGUGUAUGCAGGCAUUGCCGGAGGCACAGAGAGUGCGAUGGGCAAGCUUCUUUGAGGUAUAGGUUCGAGGGGGCAAAUACGAGUAAUGAUACAAUGGUCGGCUGGUCAAAGACCGCAAGGACUUGAUACUCGAGACGAGCCCGGCCUAUCGUGUGAGGUGGCAUCUCUGGGAAAUGAAUAGUGAAAUCAACAACCAUGUUCUCCUCCGCAAUAUUAGGAGACCUAGAAAGUUUCUGACAUUCUAUCAAGCAUCCAAGCAGGGACAUGGUCGGGAGACCUAGGUUCUGCUUGUAGAACUGCUCCUAAGAUCUCUGCGAGCUUCAGGAUGAGGAGCUUGGUAGUCUCGUGGACAGGAAAGGUGCUGGGUCUUGGUAAAACUCGAACCAGGUUCGGCCCAAGUCCCUAAUAAAAUCCCCCAAUUCCCUCCUGUACCCAGAUUCGGCACACUGCAUCUGUAGCAAUGGGGCUCAAACCCGGGGUAGCUCGCAUACUCAAGUCUAUUGCAGCGUAGCGAUCACCUAUCAGGCUUAUCUGGACUGACAUGAAGAAGGGUCAUCUUGCGUGAUUUGAAUUCAUAAUUUUGUUGUCUGAUUCGAAAUUGAUUUGAUGCUAGUAUCUAGAAAGGAGAGAGAAGAGAGGUAUCAUAUAAACGCCAGGUCUAACCAAUGGAAUGCAAGAGGGAAAAAGAGCCUCUUCUAGUUAAUGCCACCAGUGCCGAAUAGUUCCAUCUUGAUGCGGUCGGCGCUCACACCCUUCUCCUUGAGAGUGGUCUGCAUGUCCGUCAUGAACUUGUCAGGACCGCAGAUAUAGUAUUCCGUGGUAGGAAUGUCGGUGAAAAGAUCCUUGCUGGCGUCCAGCUUGCUCAAGUCCACGCGGCCGACGUAGUCAAAGUCGACUCCCAGCGUCUCGGCUUCGGUGGGGUUGCUAGUGAAAAAGGUGGCCUGGAGAUUGGCGUGGUUCUUCUUCAGAUUGGCGAUGUGGUCUUUGAAAGCGCGAGCUCCGGAAGUGCGGGCACCAUGGAUAAAAUGCAAAUUUCGCUCGGCAGAAGCCGGCUUGGAAGUCAAGGUGUUUAAGAUGGAGGUCAUCGGGGUCAAACCAACGCCCGCUGAGAGGAGGACAAUUGGGGUAGUGGGUUGCACGGCGGUAGCGGACAGGAAAAAGUCCCCGCAAGGGUGAGAGACCUGGACGAUGUCGCCCUUGUUGUACUGGUCGUGUAAGAGGUUGGACACGUAGCCGGGGUGGGUUGCAGCAGCCGAGUCGGUGGCUGGCAAGCCCUUCUCCGUCUUGACGCUAAUGCGGUAGUAGUCCUGGGAGUAUUGGUCGCUGAGCGAGUACUGACGAGGCUGCAAGCACUGGAGCUCGGGCACCUUGACCUGAACGGAGAUGUACUGGCCGGGCCGGAAAACUGGCAGAGGCUGGCCGUCGACUGGGGUGAGAUAGAAGGAGGUGAUCUCCUCGGACUCCUGGACCUUGUCGGCGAUCUUGAAUACGCGACGCCCCAUGCCUCCUUGAUCUCCGGGGUAAGGGCAUCUCCGAGGACCUCGCCCAUUGCCUCUAGGAGGAAUUUGCCAACGAUCUCAUAGUGCUCUGGCUGAAUGUAUAGCGAAGCGUGCUUGUGGCAAAUCAGCUCCACGGCGGGCCCCAGAGCUCCCAGAUUGUCGAUGUUGGCGGCAUAGGCGAAGAGGGCGCCAGCGAGGGCCCGGGGUUGGUGGCCAUUGCGCUGGUUAGGGACGUUAAACACAUUGUUCAGCUCCGGGUGGGCAGCAAGCAUGUUCUUAUAGAAUACUGUCGUGAUGGUAUUGCCAUGCUCAACAAGGACCGGUACGGUCGCCUUGAUGAGUUGGAGUUGGUUGGGAGUCAGUCCACCGACGGAACCCAUGGUGGAUGUAGUUGUGGUUGUUGUGGUGGUUGUUUGAAACAAUGAAAUAAAAAUCAAAGUCGAUCGAGGACGUGUUGCUCGGUUUAUACAAGAGAAAGAUAAUCAGGUGUCUCCACUCUAGUAUGAAUUAACUUGUUUGUAAAAUUAUAUCCCCUAUCAAAAAGCCUGGCUGGUGGCCAGCUAUUUAUCUUCACCCCGAUAAAAGGUCGUACCGUGGCGCAACGCGAGCAAAGCCCGGCGGGAGAAAAAGCGCCAUUCGACUCAUCGGCGUACCCGCUGGGCGUCUCGAAAUGUCGAGAAUUGUGUGCCUGUCCAGGUACCAGAGCAGAAUGUUCCUGUGGUUCGGUGCGGUUGAGGACGAUUUGACCCGAGAAAAAUAGACAUCUCCGCGGAGGAGGCUCGAUAAGGCGGUGGCAGAGGCUCAGUGUGGUUCGAUGGCCCUUUCGCCCGGCUGGAGUU